GCCUCACCGAGCUCAGAAAACACAGGCAGAGAAGCAGGUAUCUCUUUGGACGAUACAAAAAGCUCACAGUAGAGCAGACAGUAAUCUACAAGGUCCUGCUAGAAGAACCUAACCUGAAGAGCCUGUGUGGAGCUGCUAGUCCUACUUUUGUUCUCGAACAUGUGGGUCCACUUGGCUGUGUUUGUGUGCUGGCUGGUGCUGGGUGGUCAGGGGCAGGACAGAGCCUCAUUCCGCAGGUCUGGUGACCGUAACGGCCGCUGCCAGUACACUUUCACCGUGGACAGUCCGGUCGAGUCCAGCUGUCGAAGCUCAAUCGGCGGCCCAGAGGCUGAAAACCUCAGUGCUCGCCUCACGCUGCUGGAGGCCGUGGUCAGCAGAGUCCUGGGGGCUGAGGGGCUCACAGAGGCGGCCAGAGAAGCCGCGGACGUCCAGGAGACCAGGCGGCUCGUUCAGGAUAAAGAGCAGCUGGACAGGCAGGUGCAGGAGCUCCGCAGACGGGUGGAGGAGCUGACCAUGGAGACAGAGAAGCUCAGGGAGAAGCCCUGUCCACUGGUACAGGCUGACCCUACUGACGGCUUUGGAGUUAUGAAGGGCAGUGGGCCCGUCACUAAUGGUGAAUUCCAGGAGCUGAAGGCUGAGCUGUCUGAGCUUCCAGCGCCUGCUAAAGUUCGAGAGAACGUCCAGAACAACACAGGUUUGGAGAAAUCAGGUUGCGGGGAACUCGUUUCUGUAGGAGAACCUGAGACCCAUCAAAAGGCAGAAAGCAUCACUGGAAAAUACGGGAUGUGGUUCCAGGACCCCGUGGCUACAGGACGUCCUUACGGCCCGAAUACGGUGUGGCGCAUCAAUGCUGUGGGCAAAGACGUGAAAGAGCUGUACGCCUACGAGAACCUGGAACAGCUAGCCCGAGGCUUCCCCAUGAAGGUGGUGGUCCUGCCAGAGCCAGUGGAGAGCACAGGGGCCACCGUGUACCGGGGCUACUUGUACUACCAGCAAAGACGAAGCCCCACCCUGCUGCGUUUUGACCUGGCCUCUGAGAAGAUUGUGGCCCGAAAGGACCUGCCCCAGGCCGGCUUCCAUGGCAAGUACCCCUACUCUUGGGGCGGCUACACUGACAUCGACCUGGCUGUGGACGAGCAGGGCCUGUGGGCAAUCUACAGCACGGACAAGGCCGGGGGAGCCAUAGUGCUGUCCCAACUAGAUCCUGAGAGUCUGGAGGUGAUCAGGAGCUGGAAGACCAAUGUAAGGAAGAACAAGGUGGCCAACGCCUUCAUGAUCUGUGGAAGGCUGUACACAGUAGCCAGCUACAGCACCAACACCACCACGGUCAACUACACCUUCGAUACAGCCAGUGGGAAGAGCAAGAUGCUGGAUGUGCCCUUCCACAAUCGCUACCGUUACAACAGCAUGAUUGACUACAACUACGCCAAGAAAAAACUGUUCGCCUGGGACAACUUCCACAUGGUCACCUACGAAGUCAAACUUGGGGGCUUCUAAGAGAGGAUCCAGAAUGAUGCAGAUCUUGUAUGCCAGUGGUUCCCAAUACCGGUCCUGGAAGACCCUUGCCCUGCAGAUUUCUGGUCAAGGUCGGAAAAUUGUCAUCAUAACCACCAAUUAUUUGCAUUUAGGUGGUCCUUGGUAACUGGCAAACUUGUUACAUGAACAACACAUAUAAGCACUGGGAUGGACCAAUGACAUCACUCACUACAAAAAAAUGACAACUUAUGUAUUGUUAUUUGCUAGCUGCUUUUGUUGGAACCUGCCUAUUUACUACAGAUAGGCAUGAUGGAACAGUCUUGGCCAAAUUGUAAACAUGCUACAGUGGUCUCUAAAGUGGGAUUUUCUGGUUUAAAGACUAGAAAUACCUCCUUCUGGUGAUGUAUCAUGAAGGUAGUAGGAAAAACCACCUACCGGGGGCAGGUUAAUUUUUCUUU